AUGCCCUCCCCAAAAGUCCUCAUCAUCCUAACCUCCCAAGCCGAAAUCCCAGCCAACCGCGCCGAAACAGGCUGGUAUCUUCCCGAACUCGCCCACCCCUACCAAAUCCUCAAACCGAAAGUCGACAUCAGCAUCGCGUCGCCACAAGGCGGCGAAGCGCCCCUCGACCCGCACUCGGUGAAGGCGUUUGAAAACGACGAGGUCUCCAUGUCGUUCAUGCAGAAUGAGAAGGCCGUGUGGGCGAAUACGUAUAAGAUUGCCGAGGUGAUUCCGAUGGCGGGGGAGUUUGAUGCGCUUUUUUAUGUGGGGGGGCAUGGGCCUAUGUUUGAUCUCCCGUCCGAUCCGAGGUCGUUGGCGCUGAUACAGAGCUUUGCGGCGGCGAGGAAACCCAUUGCGGCGGUUUGUCAUGGGCCGGCGGCGUUGCUGAAUGCGACUACGCCUUCUGGUCUGCCGCUUCUGUCCGGGGCGACGGUUACGGGGUUUUCUAAUGGCGAGGAGGAUCAGGUUGGUAUGUCGGCUUUUAUGCCGUUUCUGCUUGAGACGGAGUUGAAUCGUAUCUCUGGGGGAAUGUAUGUCAAGGAGCAUCCGUACAAGGAGAAGGUGGUGGUUUCCAAGACAGCAGGAAUGGAGGGACCGUUGAUUACGGGGCAGAAUCCGCGGAGUGCGGCUAGAGUGGCCAACGAGAUUCUCAAGGCGUUGGGGCUCGAUCGUCAGUAG